AGAAAGGGUGGUGAUGGGCCACGGCAAAUCCACACACCCGCCUUUUAUUCCCACUGUGUGUCCCGGCCUUUCCGUCCCUUUUACUACUGCCAUCGCUACCUUUCUUCACCAAAAUAUUGACUACUCCUUCUUCCCCCAAAAAAGGUUUCUACAGGACCCAUUUGCAUCUUCUUCUUCCCUGGGUUAUGCUAAGUUGGGUACAGACUCUUAACAUCAGAAAUGGGUUCUGGAGAUUGGUUUAAGGCAAUACUUAGCUCAAAGAAAGUGAAAGGUGACAAUUCAAGAAAAACGAAGGGAACUUCAACUGAUGCAAAAUCAAAUGGUUUCAAAUGGAGGAGCCGCACUCUGAAAGGCUCUACUGGUUUUUCCUAUGGUUCUACUAGUGGAAAUCCUGGGGUUCUUGGUAUUCCAGUUGAGGAUAUAGCUGCAACUCGGAUUCAGACUGCAUUCCGGGCAUUUAUGGCUAGGAAAACUUUACGACGUUUAAAAGGGAUAGUAAGGUUACAGAAACUGACCCAAGGCGACGAUUGUGUUAGAAAGCAAGCUUCGACUACAUUGAGCUAUCUUAGCUCAUGGAGCAGGAUACAGACCCAGAUUAGAGCUCGCCGACUCUGUAUGGUUACAGAAGGCCGGAUUAGACAGAAGAAAUUAGAGAAUCAAUUAAAACUUGACGCAAAGCUUCAUGAUCUGGAGGUGGAAUGGUGUGGAGGUCCUGAAACAAUGGAGGAAAUUCUUGCAAGGAUAUAUCACAGGGAAGAAGCAGCAGUAAAGCGGGAGCGAGCACUGGCAUAUGCCUUCUCUCAUCAGUGGAGGGCUAACUCUGGUCAGAACCAAGGGCCAAAUAAAUCUGGACUUAGCAAAGCUAAUUGGGGUUGGAGCUGGAUGGAACGUUGGAUUGCAGCUCGCCCAUGGGAAAGCCGAGUCCACAUCAGCCCAAAGAAAGCACAGAGUAGGCAGAAAAACAAGGUUGGUAAAAACAUAAUCUCACCAACAACAAAAGUACCAGUUACAGUUAAUCCUAAUGGGAAAGGAACCACAAAGGCCAGAAGAUUAUCCUACCCAUCUGCUGAAAAACCUGCUGCACGAGAUGGGAACAUUAAACCUGAAGAAGUAAAUGCUAAAGAAGAACAGCCAGUACCUUAGAACUGGACCAAUGAAAUGGAUUAAAUGGGGUCCCUUUGAUUUUCAGUAAGAUAUCAUAGAGAAGUGCUGAGAAAAGGAUUCUUUAAUUGUUUGGUCAUCUUUAAUAUUCUGUACAUUGAGUGGUUUGAAAGUCAUUUGGUUUGGCUUGCGAUGAACAAAUAGACUUGGAUCUGGGACUGACCCAUUCAUCCAUGUCUGAUAUGGAUUGCUUUUGGGGGAGAAAUUAUUUAUUUAUAGUGUAAAUAUACAGCAAUUUUUUUUGGGAGGGGAAAUGAUUGUGUCAUUUUAGAAGUGAAAUUACCAUUGGUGAUUACUUCUUUGCUGGUUACCUGCUUAUAUGAUAACCAAUAUAUGGGACUCUGACAGAUGUGCUGAAAUAAUUCACUUCCCAGUGGUCCUAUUUUCAGUUUGUA